AUGCAUUACCAUUUCUACGGAACAAGUCGCCACAUGUUCCAACCCCCAACCUGGUAUGAGAGACUCUGUGAGUGUCGCGAGACAUUCUCCAGUAUAGCUCAAUGGAUCGCUGAGGUGCGCAAACCGUCACACCAUGGUAAGGUCCAGUCUCUUCGUGACGGCGGUGCGAACGAAGAUCACACAACACUCGGCUUAAUGAAUACGAAGACAUAUCAGUCUUUUGUGAACACGCGUGCAUCAGAUCGAUCCGGAUGUGUUGCGCACGAGUAUAUUGAUUGGAAGGUCCGAGUUUCGAACUCACGUCUGCAUCUAGACUUUUCCUGUCUCGGCUUGGGCAACCUGGUAGUAUCUCAACUCUUGUGGUUUCUCCGGGCUCAUAAUUGGAGGAAACGCUCGCCGCCGUUUUUCCCCAUCUUGAGUGGACUACUCAAAUGCACUCUGGAAGUUCACUCACUCGACCGUUCACUGCGCCUCACCCUUUCGGUGCCUAACUGCCGUGCCGCCAGAGGGAAGCACGAGGACUGGGAUACUGCCAGGUUGCCCAAGCCUAGACAGGGGAAGUCGAUAGAUAGAGGUCAGGUUCGGACCACGGACUACCGAUUGCAAUCGAGAUAUGGGCGCUUCGUGACCGGACUUUGA